AGUAAGAAGCAUCUGACAGUAAAUCAGAUGUUUUUCUACAUGUUGAACUGAUGAUUUUGUUACUUGUUACUAUAUUAAUGUGUUGCUGCACAGACCUGGUCACUUGGCAACUAUAUAUAAACAUAAUAUUCACAGUAAGUGUCAGCUGGUUACAUGAAUAAAUCAGUGAUCGUAGUUAUAAGGAUUUGCUGCUCAUGUGAUAUUAAACAGGAUAUAUGUGUGUGUUUUUACAGAAACAGUAAUCUGAGGACAUGGCUGGGCUUCAGUUCAUAACCAUUAGCUGCAGAUUUACUGAGCCCUAUUUUCACGAAUCUUCCUUGGAAAUCAUAAGGAAGACUGACUCAUAAAAAUCUUAUCAGUUAGAAAAUGUUCCACUUGUUCCAGUUUCUGUUUUGUUUCUGAAGAAAACCUCAAACCUCAACGCAGUUUAGUUAAAGUUCACUCCUCCUCGGCACUAGGACCCACCACACUGGGUAGUCGGUAAUGAUUCGGCGCUAGGACCCCUCGGACACCUCGACCGUCUCUUUGUCUCCACCAGUCAGAGCCGCCUCUUCCUCCUCCACCUCCUCCUCCACCUCUCCGUCCUCUCUGUAGUCUCAUUCCGUGUCUCUCUCCAUCAGCAGCGGUCUGGAUGCUUGCAGGGACAGAAACAUGGCUGUGAAUCUCGGCAAGAACAGACUGGCCCUGCUGACCGCCUACCAGGACGUCAUUGACGAGACCUCGGACACCGACUGGGCCUUGUACACAUAUGAGGAUGACACUAAUGAUUUGACACUGGCAGCAUCAGGAGGAGGCGGCCUGGCGGAGAUCACACUGACCUUUGACAGCGGCAGGGUGAUGUACGGCUUCUGCAGCCUCAAGGAGCCCACCGCCGCCCUGCCACGAUACAUCCUCAUCAACUGGGUGGGGGAAGACGUGCCGGAUGCCAGGAAGUGUGCCUGUGCCAGCCACGUCGCCACCAUCGCUGACUUCUUCCAGGUCAGACCAACCAUGGGGGUGGAGGUCAUUGUCAACGCCAGCAGUCUGGACGACAUCGACCCGUCAGCCAUCGGACAGCGGCUCACCAACGGGACAGCGGCAGUGGCGAGUCCAGUCCUCAGCCGCCUGAGGACCCGAGACGAAGAACACGGAGACGUGGGCACAGUGUACCAGAAGACCAAUGCAGAGGUGGAGAUGAAGAAAAUCAAUAGAGAGGAGUUUUGGGAGCAGGCCAAGCGCGAGGAGGAGAUGAGGAAGGAGGAGGAGAAGAAGAAGGCGGCGGAGGAGCGGCAGCGCUUUGAGGAGGAGCGAAUGGAGCUGGAGAGGAAAGAGCAGGAGAACCGAGAGAAGAGGUACCGCGAGAGGGAGAGGCAGAUCGAGGAGCACAGGAAGAAGAUGCAGGAGGAGGAAGAGGCCAGAGAGAGAUUAAGGAACCAGACCACCAUAGCAGCAGAGCUGAGCAUUGAAGACCUCAACCUGGACAAAAAGGAGUCUGAGGUGGAGGAGGCGAAGGCCAUCAUCGCUCAGCGGUCAGGAAACCCUCGAGAGUUCUUCAAGCAGAAGGAGAGAGCCAUGACCAUCAGUGUCGACACCUCGCCUGUCUCCAUCCACAGGACCGGCCGUUUGGACAGCCCGUUCUUGAGGCAGCAGCACAGUCCCAGCAGCCCCAGUCCGACUCCCCCGCCCCGGGGCGCGUCGCCCCUCCGCACCCCACCUCCACAUGCACGGACGCAGCCCGCUGCUGCAGCCGCGAGCACAGAGCGCAGCAUGGCCGCCGUGUCACCCAUUCCUAAAAUAGUCACCACACCCAUCAAAGAGGACUUCAGCAGGGUGGAGGAAGACAGCAGAGAUGAGUGGGAUUCGGUGCCAGAGCAGAAACCUCCGGUCCAGGAGUCAGCAUCCACCAAGCCUGUGCAGAGCGUCGCCCCGCAGGCCCGCGACUCCUCCGGCUUCUCCGUGUGGGGUUCUGGGACAGACAGCCUGGUCAACCUGUGGGACAGCAGCUCCGCUCCUCCCGCAGACCCCUCCCAGACCUCCCAGUCCUCCAAUCUGGUGGACCUGAUGGGCGAUGCUGAUGACAGCUUGCCAAGCGCCACCGCCGCCACCGCCAGCGGCCGCCCCCAGCCCCUCCUCAGCUUCGACGAGAUGAUGGAUGGGACUUUCUGCUCGAGCACUGGCGCCGAGGACGACCCCUCCAGUCUGGUGGAUGUGACGGGCUCUGACCAGAUGACCCUCAGCUACCAGCAUGCACUGCAGCAUGCAUCCAGUGAUGGGCAGGAGCUGGACGACGGACAGCUGCUGAUGACCAAUGGAGAGACGCUGCUGAAAGAGGGGACGCAGGUCAGACAGGCAAGCGAGGGGUACUUCAGCCAAUCACAGGAGGAGGAAUUUGGCCAAUCAGAGGAGUCUUCGGCUAAACCUGCGCCGGUCUUUUAUAACAAGCCACCAGAGAUUGACAUUACGUGCUGGGACACGGACCCCGUGGUCGACGAUGAUGACGACUAACCAGCCAAUCAGACGCCACCACCUGGACCAAGAGGAAGUAGGAAGUGCGCUUCAUGAAGAAACAGAUUUUUUUCUAAAAAAACAAAACACAAACGAAACAAACAAAAAAAGUAAUAAUAAUAACAACAAGUCUUGCAUCAAAACUACUUCUGUAUUAUCUUUAGAGGAAAAGAAAACAGUAGCCACAGAAAAAAGACAGGGUUUGAGUUAAUGUUAAAGACGGUUUGAAGGCUCAGUUAUGUUUUUUUUCUGUGUGUUUGUUAUUUUAUUUAUUUGGUUUCUUUUUCCUUUUCUUUUUUUUUUUUUUUUUUUUUUGCUAUGCAGAUGUAAUAGCUGGGAGCGGGGGGACUUUUGUUUGUGUACAUGAUUUAUUACACGUUAACGUAGCGCACUGCUGCUUAUUAGAGACAAUGAAGCCCAGUGUGCGGCGGGCGGCCGACACACACCUAGUCUGUAGUGCUUUAAUAACACCCUAUAAAACUAAUACAGUGGAUCAUUACAGCUGCCAUGUAUAUCUUCACUCUCUGUUUCUUACCUCUUUUUCACCUUCCUCCUUCCUUCUGCCUUUGUCCCAAAAAUACUCACCUCUGCAAGUCAGUUAAUCUUGUAUUUAGCCCUCAAAAAAAGGUGAAAUAUUUUAUUUAUUCUGGUGUAUCUGAACUUCUUUUACUAACAGAAGAAGAAGAAGAAGAAAUCUAUUGUCGAGAUAAAAUUCCUUAGUCAGACUGUGGCUCCCUUUUGACCUUUUUCACUCCUUUUUGUAUGAUUUUAAGACUGAAUUCAAGAUUAAAUGGCUUGUAAAUCUGG